UAUCGCGUCCUUGUUGAUUGUGUGUAUAACAGAAUACAGUGUAUGAACCGUGCUGCAAUGACAAAGGCAUAAUGAGCAGUCAUGCAUUAAUUUUCCUAUAAAUAAGACAUCUACUCUUCGGACUUCAAGCAGUUGAAUAUAACCAAGCAGUACACGCACAUAUCGCUCUUCUCCACCACGUGGGACCGAUUGUCAAAACGCUGCCCUCUGAUAGGCUGAAUUUCCUUAAAGCUACAGAAGCUUUGUUAUCUCAGACCGAUGCUAGUUGUUUAAGUCAUCUGCACACAGAACGGGUAGUGAUAAAAAAUCGUGCUCAAGAGACAGUCAGUAUCUGUGACAGUGCUAUAAUAUACCAAGAAUGGCGAUGAACGGAGUAAGUGGACACGAUACCAUGAAUAUGAAGGUUGGUUUAUUAAACAGAGACAAAAAAUAUCUGACGGCUGAGAGUUUUGGAUGUAAAAUAAACGCCUCUGGGACGAGUUUAAAGAAAAAACAGGUGUGGACCAUCGAGCAAGACAAGAGAGCAGAUGUAGUAUACAUACGAAGUCAUCUGGGAAGAUACCUGUCCGGUGACAAAAAUGGCAAUGUGAAAGGGGAAUCUGAAGAACCUGGGGAAGACGAACAAUUUAUUAUCGAAUACGCACAGGAUGGGUCUGGGUGCUGGGCUUUCAAAAACGCAAAACACGGCUAUUAUUUCGGUGGCUCGGAAGAUCAGCUCCGUUGUUACGAGAAAUCUCCCACGGACAAAGAAUGGUGGACAGUCCACCUCGCAAUCCACCCGCAGGUCAACCUUAUGAACGUCAAUCGCAACCGCUAUGCCCGGCUUAACGCCGAGGCCGAGGAGAUCCAUUGCGAUGAAGUGAUUCCUUGGGGCCAGGACGCGCUCAUCACCAUCGAGUUCCGCGACAAUCGGUACGCCGUGAAAACCUGCGACAACCGCUAUUUGCACCGAGAGGGACGCUUGGUUGGAGAACUCAGCGCUGACACCCUUUACACCCUGGAGAUGAAGUCUGGGCAGCACUCGGGCAUUGCCUUCAAAGAUUCAACGGGGCGGUAUCUUACAAAUGUGGGGUCGUUUGCCACCAUGAAAGCACGCAAUAAAACCAUUUCCAAAGACGAACUGUACUUGCUUCAAGACAGCCACCCCCAGGUCACCCUGACCGGACAUAAUGGAAGAUUUGUCUCCAUAAAACAAGGUGUUGACCUGACUGCGAACCAAGACGAUGUUACUGACAAGGAAUCAUUCCAGAUUGAAUUCGAUAAAAAGACAAAGUGUUGCAGGUUCCGCACAGUUGAUAAUAAAUUCUGGACAAUUGGCAACGCUAAUGGAAUUCAGGGCGCCGCCAAGGACACGUCACCAAAAGUGUAUUUUGACCUAGAAUGGCACAGCAAUGGUUUUGUUUCCCUCAAGGCCAGCAAUAACUCCUAUGUAACUGCCAGGAUGAAUGGAAGCUUGUACGCCGUCAGCGAUACUGUGACGGAUAAGGAAAAGUUCAUGCUGACAUUGGUCAACAGGCCAAUUCUUGUGUUGAAGGGGCAGUAUGGCUUUGUUGGCUUCAAGACACCCAACUCCCCCAAGUUAGACUGUGCAAGAUCUGUAUAUGAUAUAAUCACACUAUCACAAAACCCUGAUGGAACAUACUGCAUGAAAGCUCCAAAUGGUAACUACUUAGCAGUAACAUCUGAUGGCUCAAUUGCAGCAGAGAACGCCACCCCCUACAAAUUCAUUCUGGAACUGAGAGAGCAUUCUAAGUUUGCUAUCAAGGCUGAAAAUGGAUGUUACCUCAAAGGCGAGCAAAAUGGGAUCUUCAGUGCCACUGGAACAGAGAUCAAUGCAAACACUCUGUGGGAAUAUUAAAAGAACCAUCUGAUGUAUCUCCAGACAUAUAUAAAUAUAUGAACCUGGUAAACGGUUCUGGAUGCCCUGAACAACAACAACAAGCAUAUUGGAGACUAUGCCAUCUCUAGAAAUGACUGUGAAAUUCUCUGCUCAACAGUUUGAAUUACAAGAAAUGCACGAAAGGAGAUCUGUAAAACUACAAAGAACAUUUAGAUACUUCUUUCAGGUCCUUUCUCUGAGAUAUAUUCAGGCUUUCUUUGAACUCGUUCAUAAAGACUGUAAACUUGGGCAACAUAGGGUAAAUUUUUUCUUGAAAUUAUGAUACAUUGCCAUUUAUAGAUAUGGUUCAAUGAAUAUCCUAGAAUAACAGUAGUUUGCAGCUUACAUUUGUUGCUUCAAAUGAAUUAUUGCAAAAAAGUAGGUUCUUAUGAGGCUUGAAUACUAUCCAAUUCAUUGGCCAUUGUUAUAACUACUUAUAACUGAGUCUAAGUGACUAGUGCAUAAUGCUUACAAAAUGAACAAAAAUGUGCACAUAUUUUAUAGCUAACUUGUACAGUCUUUUAGUAUAUAGUCUAAUAUGUAAUUGUAACCCACUCAAACAUACUCGGGUACAUGCCAGCACUGUGCAUGCUGCUAUAGUCUAUAUUAGAUACAGACUAAACACCAAAGUAGACUGUUUAUUAUUGACUACAAUUUUAUAUAUUUCUAAUAUGAACCCAGUCUCCCAUAUAUGGUGUGUGUACACUUAAGCAAUGAGAAUAUAGUGUGCCCAUGCCUGUGUCCAAUGGACACUCCAACCACUUCUUCAGCUUACAUGACUGUCAUUAUAUAUAUAGAUGGGAUAGGCUGGGGUAGUAAUUCCCAUUCCUUUGACAUGUAGCAUGUUGAACAGAUGACUGGGUUUCUCUCCUAAUCAUAUGUGUGGUAUACCAUCUGGUAUCACAUUGACCAUCUGUGGACUAAAAUACCAACUAUAUGAUUAUAGAGAAAUAUGUUUAUGGGAAUAUUAGAGGUACAAAAUUAUGCUCAAUAUCUGCAAGGGUAAUUAUCCAAAUUAUACAUAAUGUUGUACUUAACAGUUAAAAUGCACAAUAUAAAUCUCAAGGCAUAAAAACAUGAUUACUACAUGAAGAUUUCUGUGAGAUUGAAUAUUGUAUAUGUUAGUUAUGUGUACAUUUGCUAUCUGCAUAAUCUCACUGGGCUACCAUCCAAUGAAUGAAAAUGAUGAAUAUUUAGUUACGUUAUAAAGGAAAGCAAUAAUCCUUUUGAUAGGAAUAGUGGUGCUAGAGACAAAGAAUGGGAUAUAACCUGUGUAAAGGAACACAGAAUAUUUGGCAGUUUUACAGAAAUUGUGUCCAAGUUUAAAGAAUCAGUACUAACAGUGACUGAAUUCUAAAGGAUGCAAAAGAAAUCUGAACAAGACAUGAACAGAAUGAGUUGAGAAUAGGACAAAAACAACAAAAGUGCAGAAGUCAGAGGAUCCAGGCCUCUCCUCCCUCCUCCUCUUCACAACAAAUGAACAGAUUCCUCCCCACCUCUGCAUUAAAAUAGCGAAAGCACACACACACACACAGACAGGCAGACACACACACACACACACACACAGAAAUACCCUGCCUGAUACCCUGGCUCUACUCCUUGGUGUUUGUGUGACAUUCUAGUGCUGAUGAUUGAUUGUUGUGAAUGGAGUAAAGAAUACUGACAUGCACCCAAAUUUACCAUUAUCUAACACCUUUAUACUCAUUCCUGCAUAUAUUGCUUUAGAAAAUGUCUAUUAAAAAGCAUCAGGUAUUAAAUUGUGGUAUGAUGUCAUUUCAAUGAUCAAGAAUUCUCUGCUCCUUGUACUCAGUAUAUUGUGUAUCCAGCCAUACAUUGUCAGUGUAACUGGAGUGAAUAUUCAAGUGAAAAUGCAUUAUGUAGUUAAUGUGAAAUUAAUGCUUUCAUCCAGUUUUGGUCCUUCAGUAUUUGUAUCAAGAUAAGUGUUUGCACUGCCAUUACUUGAUAAAAUAUCAGCAUAGGAUUUUCAUGUUAAGAUGCAGUGCUCAUGAUUGAAUAAUAGCAUAAGUGCUUCGUGCUAGAAAUAUUUCUUAUGUCAACGUACCAUAGCUACGUAGGAGCAAAACAGCAAUAGAAAACAAAACUUGUAAAUGGGAAAGUAAUAAGACAAUAUAUUCUCAUAUCCUUUAAUACAUAUAGCAGAGGCAUUUUGCAGUUAGACAUCCUAGCAGAAAUGUUGUGCGAGUAGUUUUUCUUAUGCACAAAUAAAACAUUCAAAUAUUUAAA